AUGAGUUUCAAAGGCUUCCAGAAGAGUCUGAUGCGCGCCCCGCAACAGUUCAAAGUCAAGUUCAACCUCGCCGAGCAAUCCAAGGAUGCUGUCUAUAGUGAUGCCGAGCGUCGCUUUCAGGAGCUCGAGAAGGAAACUAAGAAGCUUCACGAUGAAUCGAAGAAGUAUUUUGACGCUAUUAACGGCAUGCUAAGCCACCAAAUCGAAUUCUCCCAAGCCAUCGCCGAGCUUUACAAACCCAUUUCCGGUCGCGCCUCCGAUCCCAACUCCUACCAAUUCGAAGGCAACCCCGAGGGCAUCCAGGCCUGUGAGGACUAUGAGGUCAUUGUGCGCGACCUACAAGAAGCUCUCUCCCCAGAGCUGGAGAUGAUCGAGAGUCGCGUGAUCAGCCCGGCUGAUCAACUGCUCGAGGUCAUCAAGGUCAUUCGCAAAGUUGCCUCCAAACGCGACCACAAAAAGCUCGACUUUGAUCGCCACAACGCCUCGCUGAAAAAGCUACAGGAGAAGAAGGACAAGAACAUUAAAGAUGAAAAGGCGCUCUACAAGGCAGAGAACGAUGUCGAACAGGCCACCCAGGAUUUCAACUACUACAAUGACUUGCUGAAGGAUGAGCUGCCCAAGUUGUUCACUCUCGAGGCCGAGUUCAUCCGCCCGCUCUUCCAGUCCUUCUACUACAUGCAACUCAAUGUUUUCUACACCCUGCACGACAAGAUGCAAGGCAUGAAUAUCGCAUACUUUAACCUCAAACUCGACGUCGAGGAGGCCUUUGAGCAGAAGCGCGGCGAUGUACAGGAACGCGCCGAGGCUCUGAUGAUUGUCCACUUCAAGACCAAGGGACUCGGCCGCUCCGGCUCCAAAGUGAGCUCGCUCAAGGCUGCAGAAGCCAAGGCUGGACGUGGGAGCAACUUCUCCGCGGCGGCCAAGGGCAAACCGGCUCCUCCUCCCCCAAGGGCAAAGCCUUCUCACCUCAGCAAGCCUGUCGAAUGUGUCACCGCCCUAUAUGACUAUGAGGCUCAAGCACACGGCGACCUCGGGUUUUCGGCUGGCGACGUGAUCGAAAUUACCCAACGGACCGACAACACAAAUGAAUGGUGGUCCGGCAAGAUUGAUGGCCGGGAAGGUCAAUUCCCAGCAAACUAUGUUCAGUUGCAGUAA